CCCCUUCAAACACCGCUGCGAUCCUCGAACAGCAGACGCGACGACCGAUCUCACGAGCUGCACCAUGAUGUUCAGGAAUGUGCAGGAGGAAGAGGAGAGUGAGAGUGACUGGGAUGACCUAACUCCCCACAUCUCCCCCCACCAUCAGCCACGCCCACCUCCACUCAACUCGCCCUCUCCACAGCACCUCUCACCUCCUCCCUCCUCCACUUCCUCACACACUCUCAUUCAGCCGGAGAAAUCUUUAUCUGCACUACCCACCGGUGCAUCUCGACCUGAGAUACGAAAGGAAAACGGUACUGAUGAAGCAGAGUUUGAUUCGUUAUCUGCACGGCAAAAUCCUGCGACACCCUCACCAUUACAGAGCUCAAUACCUCAGCUAUUACCACACUCUAAAUACACUCUCACCACUUCUCCUGCCUCGCCAGUAAUACCCCCUCCGUUAUCCACCACUCAACUACCAAUUACUCAGGGUGAUCCCCCUUUACACCCAACACCGCCACUUACAGUUGCAGGGAGGAGAGAUGAGAGCCCCAUUGAUGUACAAGCUGACGAUACUGUUGUUCCUCAUAAGCAUGGAAUGUUUGAGUUUGGUAUGAUUGUGGAUAGUCGUCAACUGCAUGCGAUGAUAGAGAGUGCGAAGAGAGAGCGAGAGAACAAUCAUGCUACAGUCAUGGCUGGAUUGGCCGACAGGUCAGAGAAGAUAUUACGUCGAGUGUUUCAAGAGUUCUUCUCCUGCCUUCGUCUCUGUACUGACAUAUUCAUAGUCUUCAUUCUAGAGUGUGCCCACUGCAUUGCCUUCCACGUCCUUCGCAAACUCCUCUGUGGACUCCUCUUCACCUGUCUCUCCUCUCUCUCUGCUCCCGGACUAACAGACUGCUACAAUGUCGUGGUGUGGCCUCUGGCUCUCUGCUGUCUCCAGGUCUGUCGAGCAGGAGGGUUGGUUCUGGGUCCGUGUGUGGAGUGUCUGGGUUGGGCCGGGAGAUGGUGCUGGAGAUGGUGACUGCCUUCAAACCAGUCAACAUAGUCUUGACAGGACAGAGGAACCCACAUUCACAGUCUCAGAGAUCAUUGCAAUAGACCAAUAUCUAUUAUAAUUAUAUACCCUAUGUGAAUGAUGUAUAAUAGCUAUCAGUAUACUUUCUC